UGAACAAUGAACACAUCUUGGACCAUAGUUUAUCAAAAUAUCCAAGAUGAAGACCAAGAACAAACAGACAAAGUUCCCCGUUGCACGAAUCAAGAAGAUCAUGCAGAAAGAUGAGGAAGUUGGGAAGGUUGCGCAAGCUACGCCAGUGGUUAUUUCAAAAGCAUUGGAGUUAUUCCUGGCUAUGAUUGUGGACGAGGCGACCAAAGUCACGGUCGAACGGGGAGCAAAGAAGGUUGAAGCUUAUCAUCUAAAGCAUGCGAUCGAAACAACAGAAAUGUUAGAUUUCCUAAAGGAAAUCGUUGAAUCUGUACCUGACCCUUCAGCGGGUGGCACCAUCGACCUGCAAGCUGAGGCGGCAGAAAACGCGAAGCGAAAGAGGAGCAAGGCGAAGAAAAAUGGGGCGGCAUCUGGUGAUGCCCCAAAGAGGCGGCGGAAAAAGAAAGAGGAUGUUGACAUGGAGGGUGUGCCAGAAGAGACUAUGGGAGAAGUAAAGUCUGAAGAAGGAGAACCUCAAAUGGAAGACGAUGAUGAUGCACCUGAAGAGUCAUCGUCUCGUCCCCGGCACCGACGAAGUGAUGAUGGCGAAGAUGACAUGCCAUACGUACCGCGAUAACAACGCGAAUGGUGUUGGAUGUAAAGUGUGCGCUGUAACAGCUUUGUGAUAUUUAUCGUUUUCAUCAUAUCCCAUAUCCCUUCGUCCAUCAUAUCUGACCAGUUGU